AUGGUCAAGACUUCCGUCCUCAACGAUACGCUUAACGCGAUCAACAACGCCGAGAAGGCUGGCAAGCGCCAGGUCCUCGUCCGUCCUUCCUCCAAGGUCAUCGUCAAGUUCCUGAGCGUCAUGCAGAAGCACGGCUACAUUGGCGAGUUCGAGGAGGUCGAUGACCACCGUUCCGGCAAGAUCGUUAUCCAGCUCAACGGUCGUCUCAACAAGUGCGGUGUCAUCAACCCCCGCUACCCCGUCCAGCUCCGUGACCUCGAGAAGUGGACCACCCAGCUCCUUCCUUCUCGUCAGUUCGGUUUCGUCGUCCUGACCACCUCCGCUGGUAUCAUGGACCACGAGGAGGCUCGUCGCAAGCACGUUGCUGGCAAGCUCCUCGGUUUCUUCUACUAG